AUGAUCACCCCACCCCCGACCGAUCUUGUCUGGGUCGCCUCGCGCAUCACCAAGCCCCAGAACCUGACCCCCUCCGCCUUCUGCGACUGGUACGAGAACACGCACAUCCAGGAAGUGACGGCGCUCUCCGGGAUCCCGUCCGCCGCGCGCUACGAGCUGCUGCCAGGCUUCGACUUCCCCGGCGCGCUGGCGCAUCCGUGGUUGACGCUGUACGAGAUGCGGGAGGUGGGGUUUCGGAAGACGGAGGAGUUCAGGGGGCUCAAUGGGCAGAGCAGGCCUGAUGAGAGGCUGCUGGAGAGGGUGUUUCGGAACGCGGAGUUUGAUACUAGGUUUUGGCGGUGUGUGCAGGUGCAUGAGGGGGUGGGUGUUAAAAAGGGCCCAGCGCCCCUCAUCAUAUCCGCCGCGCUCACCCCCUCCUCCUCCGCCGAAGCAGACUUUGACGCCUGGUACCGCCAAGAGCACGUCCCCAUGAUCUCACAAUGCCCCGGCUACGUACGCACGCGGCGGUACCGGCUCGUCGACGCAUCGCUCCUGCACGAGUUCGAUCGCCGCGAGUCGCCGGCGCCCUCGUGGCUGGCGCUGCAUGAGUUCGAGGGUACGGAGCUGCCGAUGGCGGAGCUACUGAAGUGUGAUGAGACGGAGUGGAGUAAAAGGGUUGUUGCUGGAUUGGAGAAGAUGGAGGCGGGGUUUUAUCGGUUGAAGAGGGUUUAUGAGGAGGAUGUGGGAGCGAAGCUGUAG